GUCCAAUCCUAAUUUUAGGUUUUCUUUUGUUAAAAACUUUUCACACGACUAAACCUUUCAUCAGUUUGGAAUAGUUGACAUGGCCACCUCAAUAAACUCUGCAAAACCAACACUUCUGUUGCUGAAAUCAAACCUCAAACGGAUCCCUUUAUUCCGGCCGUCGUUCUCCCCGAGCACUACUGCUACUACUCCCUUCAAACUUUCAGUCCAACUCCGGAAAAUCCCGCCAUCAAUUGAUCAUCAGAUAAUUAAUAGCAAUUACAAUGCCAACAAUAAUAAACUCUCGACGAGGUUUGAUCUCAACAAUUCUUCCGCAACAACUUGUUGUGAUGAUAAUCAUCGUAAUGCUGCUGGCAGAUGUGAAGUGAUGAUGUCCUAUAAUCAUAAGAAGAUCAUGGAUGCAGAUUUAUGGUCUAAACUUUUUGUUGGAUUUGUGGCCAUAUCUCCUUUCCCUCUGGCUGCCUUAAUUGCUAGACAGAUUCCUGGCAUGUUUUCGCAUGCGGAUGCCCUUAUUUGUGUCUUGUUUGGAUAUAUUCUCAUCGGUAUGGUUUAUUUUGCCUAUCUACGACUUGCUCCUACACCCUAUAGUGUUCUCAAGCUUCAGGUUGGCUUUUUGGUCUCGGGAAGAUCACUGCAGAGGGAUCUCGAUCAAAUUGCGAAAAUUGCAAGUACAUCCACCAGGCGCCAUGUGUUAACUGAGACUACAUUAGCUUUGCUUCGACGUCUUGGUUAUUGCAGCUCUGGAUAUUCAUCAGCUAAUGUUGGGUUCGACAUUAUAGAAGUAUUUAAACAAUUUGAUCAACUUUCAAAUAAAGAACGGGUUAAAUUUGAUGAGGUGACACUUGUCGAUGUCAACAACAUACGAAUCCGAAGUUCAAGUCGCCAAAGAACCAGUGAAUCCAGUGAGGAGUACAUUGUGGUUACCAUAUUAGUUGUUGCCGAAGGGAAAUGUAAGUUGCAUACCAUCAAUAGUAGCUCAGACUUGAAUGAAGUGUUACAGAAUCUUGCAUCUCUUCCAUCAAGUAUUACAAAGGCAGUUGAGGUAUCGUGGACUCCCUUGGUUGAAGGCAACCGGUUCUCCGAGCAAGAUUUCCUUAAAGAUUAUCCCCUUUUGCGCCCUCUAUAA